AUGACUACUGCUGGUGAUUUACGAUGCCAAUCGUGGUCUGCUCAACAACCAGUUCAUAAAAUUAGUGCAGAUAUAACUGAUGCAAAUUUCCCAGAAAAGUCCAUGAAACUUGCUAAAAAUUAUUGUAGAAAUCCUACGAAAGAUCCAAGAGGUCCUUGGUGUUAUACCUUAGAACCUACAGUUAUCGAUGAUGAAUGCGAUAUUCCGCUUUGUAAUUACAAAGAUUGUAUUAUAACGGGACCAGGAGCUGAAUACGGCGGAACUCGUAGUUUCAGCACUUCAAAAAGAAAAUGUAAAUCUUGGAAUAAAAGAUACAAACUCGGUAAUGCAAAAAGCAUUAAAUUUCAUAAUAAGUAUUUUCCGGAUGGAUCAAGGGCAAAGGCAAAUAAUUUCUGUAGAAAUCCAGACGAUGAUAUCAGUGGCCCUUGGUGUUACGUGGGAAAAAAUUUCGAGCUGGUAGAAAAAGAAUAUUGCGACAUUCCUUUUUGCGAUGACAAAGAUUGUUUAACAUAUUCAAGAAAUUCAUCAACUUAUUCCAUAUUAACAAGAUUAAACAGCACUUAUGGAAACAUAUCUUUCUGGAUUAAACUUUGGAAUCCUCUUGACGAACAAAAUGCGGAAGCCAGAAUUUUAUUAAGUGUACUUCCAAUUCCAUCUUCCGCCAAGAAAAUCGCUCAAGAGUGGAAAACUGGAGUGGAACUUUUGAUUUCAAAUACAGUUAGCGGUCAGACGUAUCCAGUUACUAAUGAUGAACAAAGCCUUUAUGAAAAUACACCCGAGAUAUUACUUAGUUCUAAGUGGACUGGACUAUGGAUUACAUGGGGCGGUGGUUUCAUAUCACUCGGGAUACAUGGUGUGUCGAAACCAUUAAUUAUGGAUGAAUAUAGAAUGACAAAUAGUAUUUCGAGUUUAUAUCCCGACAAUUUUUUGCACUAUGGCAUCAUGGGCACCGGUGUCUUGUGGAGCAUGGAAUUUUGUCAAAAAUAUUGUGAAAGUCAUACGACUUUUGGAAAUGAAUUCUUAAGAAUUUGGCCAUUACAGAAAAGUAAUGAUACACAGGAUUUUCAAUUUUAUCUUCGAGCUAGUCGUAAUGUAGAGAUACGAUUAUAUCAAAGUCCUGGGUCGCUAUUUCCUUGUUUUACGAUAAAAAUUGGACACAACGUCACAUUCUUGUUAUAUCAGGAGAAUGAGAAGUCAGUGAAACAGUAUUUGAAAGAAAUUAUAAUUCAAGGAUUAAUAGAUUAUUGGAAUUGGAAAGAAUUUACUAUUAGUAUCUUUGGUACACAUUUAUAUUUAUUCUCGCAACGUACAUAUGGAAGUGAAGAGAUUCUAAAAAUAAAUCAUGAUCUACUGAUUACUUUACGUUGGUUCAGUAUUGGAAGUCAAACGAUAGCACAUUGGACAUUUUUUUGUUCACCCGAUGCGAUAGAUGCGAUAGAAGAUCCCCAGCCUCCAAACUGUAUUCAUAAUAUCGCAGAUUAUCAAUAUCAAGGAAAUCAAUGGACAAGCGCAAGAGAACUUCCAUGUAUACCAUGGAUAGCAGAAGAGGUGCCGCCUGAUGAGAAAAUAGCAAAUAAUUUUGUCGAUAAAUCUAUAGUGAAAGCUUUAAAUAGAUGUAGAAAUCCAAGUCAUGAUCCUAAUGGACCUUAUUGCUACGCGAUUUCCGACUCGCAUGCUUUCGAUGUUAUAAAAAGAUUUUGUCACGUACGGAUUUGUAGAUCUUCAGAAUGUCGAAUGGCGGGAACUGCUAAUGAUUACAUAGGCACACUGUCAAAGACUCGUUCAGAUCGAAUUUGCGCAAAAUGGUUAAGCGAUUACGAUCUCGAGCAAAUGCAAAUGCAAAAACCGAACGUAUCAUUAACAACGAGAAUUCCUGCUAAGAUUCAGAGAUCAAUUUGCGUAAAAUCUCGUUCGAAACAUUAUUUAAAACAAAAUGUUUUAAUAGAAUGUUAGUCAUUACUUACAAAACUAUUAUCAGGUUUAUCGCCGAAGGUGUCAUCUCAAUCAGAAUUUACUGUCAUCAAACCUGUCCACAUGGUUGACCGAACAUAUUUGAAUGAUAGUCUUUAUCCGGAACGUAAUGUACGAAAUGCCAGCAAUUAUUGUAGAAAUCCAUCGCGUAAUAUUGCUGGCACAUGGUGUUACACGACGGAUCCAUUAGUUCCACAAGAUCUUUGUGAUGUAAGAGAUUGCGAGAAACCAGAGGAGUGUACAUUUUUUGUAAAAGGACACGGCAUUGGGCGUCGUUUAUACGUUUUGCCGGAACAUCGUACAGAAGGCUUACAUUUUUCAUUAAAAGCUUGGGAGCCUGAUCAACCGGAUUCCAUAACGUUCGUGUUUACUGCUGAUGACGGAUUCAAUUCCCGUUACAUCCUCAAGAUCGGAGCUUUAGAUAAUGAAAAAGUACUUCUCUAUUAUCAAUCGGAAGAGAAAGAUAUAAUUUUGGUGAAAAAGAAAACGUUGCCGCAUUUGUUAUACCUUGGCAAGUGGAGUAGUUUUAUUAUACGCAUACCUCGAGGACGUGUUCUCCUUUAUUACGAAGGAGCAGCGAAUCCGCUGUUCGAAUGGGAACAUUCCGAAUCGGCUAAAGCUUUUUUACCCGUCUAUUACUAUUAUAAUAGCGAGAAAGGACACACGAUAGGCGUUGCUUUCGAUUGUGCCUCAAGAUGUCAUAUAGAGAACACGCAAACCGAUCGCUACACUAGAAUAUUACCAUUAUCAACGUGGUCCAAAGAAGAGCUGAUCAGACCUAAUAAAUUGGUGCUGAUGAUACGCGCCAAAGGUGUCGUUCUGAUACCGCUACUUUUGUUGCCCGCAACACCAGGAUUUUACGCGCUCACGCUCGGCGAACGGGAUCGAUGGAUAUAUUUUUUAAAAAACACAUAUCCUAAAGUUAGGGUUUAUCACAAACAGAAAGCACCUAAGCCUAUAUUUACCACGAAUUCCUGGACGAAUAUUACUAUAAAAUGGUUUGAAAGUACAAUUCAAGUAUUCUGCAACGAGACCAAUGUGUUUCAUUAUGUGCACCGUCAACCGCUCAUCUUUUAUUUUUUUUCGCUCGCCGUGGAUCCAGGAAGUUGGGCCACUUGGAGCGCGAAUUGCAUACCAUCGGAUAUAGAUGGUCCUCCUAUAGAUGGUGGAUGGUCGGAAUGGGGACCAUGGAUUUGUAGUGCUAGUUGUAAUGGUGGCAUAGGGACCAGAAAACGAUAUUGCAAUUCACCGGAACCUAACGUAAGGGGUGAACCUUGUAUAGGGCCUAAUAGCAUGAUGGGUCGUUGCAAUAUGAUUUCCUGUGGUGAUGUAACUGAUGAUACUACGACUUUAAUAAAAAGAGGAAUUACACAAAAUCAUACUGCUCUUACCGUGAAGGAGUAUGAAUCGGUAUCACUUUCCUCAGAUUUACAUAUCGUAAAUGCCAUCAAAGCUGAAUCGUCUGAUUCGGAAAUACAGUGGUCUCAUAAUGGAAUUUUUCUUCAAAGCGAACAGCACAGACUAGAAAUUAAAAAUUAUGAUAUUAUAAUAAAUAGAGCAUUAUUAAAUGACUCGGGUGUAUAUACUCUUACUGUGCAUCGAGUAGAUGGAACAUACAUGAUAUUUAAAGUCGUAACUCUGGCAGUAAUUCCAAUUAAAGAAAGCAUUAUAAUUCGCGAAACUCUACCUGUACAUGUAACGUGUCAUUGUGCUAUUCUUGGCUACGUAUAUUCUGACCUGAAGAUCUAUUGGAUGAUUGAUAAUAGAGUAUGGAAAGAUUAUGGUAUCACGUUGCCUGUAGCUGUAAAUGUUGAUCACAUUUCGGCUGUAAAUAGAUCUCAUCAUGGUACGUGGAAGUGUAUUGUGGAACAAAUUGAUCUAAAUUUCAAGUGGACGACAAAUAUGAUUCGCGUUAAAGUUCUCAGUCCUCCAAACUGGCGUACUCAUUUGAUGGAGGAUAAGUUAACACGACCGAUAUUUGGAUGGAUGCCGAGUGAAGAAUUUGUUGCUUAUUCGGUAUUGGCUAUAAUUUUAUUUUUAAUAUGCUGCAUUAUUAUAGGUUCCAUUCUUUAUGUCAGGUUUCGAGAAAGUUUGAAAGCUAACGUAACUAUGGCAAAGAGGAAGGUGCGCAUAGGAAAAUUUACAACAGAAAAGAAAAAAGAUAUUGCUGAUGAUAUACUUGUAAAAACAGAAAACAAAAAUACAACGCCCGAUUUGGUUAAAUCUAAAAAUUUGCAUAGUGCAUAUAAUGAGCAACGAUUUCAGACAAAAAAAUUAGAAAACGUAAAUCGUAUGGAGAAGUCGAGACUAAAUCAAUCCAAGUCUAAUUGUAAGAAAAUAAAGAAUAGAUUUCAUAUUGUUAGCAGUGGUUCGAGCGAGUCCGGGCAGACGCGGUCUGAUGAGGUAUGGAGAAACCCAGUCGAAGCCAGUCAAGUACCCCUAAGGCUAUACCUCGACUACGCCGAUGAAAAAGGCCGCGACUGGGGCCGAUGGGUGGGAAAAGGUGGUCCCAAGAGAGGGAAGGGCUAA